AUGAAGAAGCAGGUGGCGGACGUACAGAUAAAGGAGGACUAUCAGAAUCUCAUGGCAGCUCUGUCUGAGAACGUGUUGACAGUCAACAUGUUACUGAGUGUCUUCUUUCUUCUAGGUAUUUAUGCUAAUAGUUGUGGUUGGAGAACACCGCUCGUCUUCCUUACUACACCAAAGCCAACUGCAGCACUGAGCGGAUCUUGCUUGAACGUCCCAUGUAGCUUCACAGCUGCAAGAGGAGACAUAGAUUUUGACAGUAGUAAAGAAACCCGUGGAGCCUGGAUUAAAGAUAGAAAUGAUAUUUAUAACAUCAAUAAAGGAGUUCAAACAAAUUUAGUAAAUAUUACUGGAAACCUGAGUCAGAAAAAUUGCACCUCUCUGUUUUCUGAUAUAAAAACAAGGCAAGCAGGCGAAUACUUCCUCAGAAUCGAGAAUGGUGACUACAAGGGAACAGCUUGUUCUGAUCUGCUUCAGAUAACAGUUGAAGAUUCUCCUUGGAGUCCCAGCAUUAACAUCUCUGGUGGUGAUCUGAAGGAGCAUCAGUCUGUCACUAUAACCUGCUCAGCUUUGACUCCCUGUCCACACUCACCUCCUGAACUCACCUGGAAUCUCCAACAAGACUCUCACAGACAAACAGAGAAAAACACAGAUGGAACCUUUACAACUAAAAUCCAGGAGAACAUCACUCUGUCAGACACACAUGAUGGAUACAACAUCAGAUGUUCUGCCCGAUAUCCUGUGAAUGGAGGAAACAAGACAGCAGAGACAGCAGUGACUCUCAGUGUUUCAUAUGCUCCUAGAAAAACCUCAGCAUCCAUCCGUCCAUCAGGUUUGGUGUCAGCAGGUAGCUGGGUGAAGCUGAACUGCUCCAGCAGAGCCAAGCCUCCUGCCAGCUUCACCUGGUUCAGGAACAGCAAACAUGGAGCCAUUAAUGUAUCUGUGGGGCAGGUUUACAGCUUCAAUGUUACUGAGGGAGGAGAGUUUUACUGUGUGGCUACAAAUGAUCUGGGUCAACAGAGAUCAUCAGUGAUCCAUCUUAGGUUUGAAGGUUUAUUGACUGGACAUCUUUCAUGGUUGCUAAUUGCAGUAGCAAUUGGGAUCUGUCUGCUCAUCUGCCUAGUUGUUUAUGUUAGGUGUUUCAAGUCCAAGCAGCCAACUCCUCAACAGACUCAGACUCCAACGGGUGAGGAGGCUACUGUUCAAACACCAUCCGAGGCAGAGGAAGAACUCCAUUAUGGAGAAGUGGCUUUCUUCAAAAGGAAACCUAAAGCUUCCUCCAUCUCAGUGGAGAACAGCAAAGAGGAGGAGACAAUUUACACACACGUCAAAGUAUCCAAAUCAACAAAAUGUUCAACACAGAGUGCUGACAGUCCAGAGGAUCUUUAUGCUCAAGUGAAGAAAAAAUAACUUUGCCACAAACGUUCAGUUUUGCUUAUACAAGAUAUCACUUGAAGUGCCACGUAACCUUUCUUAGAAGCCAUUAAUAUUCAUCACGUAUUAUAUUAUCAUGAUUAAAAUGUGCUAUCUUUGUGUUGUUAGUUUCCUGUUCUGGGUUAUUUUUCGUGUCGUGACUUUGUGUGUGUCACACCUUGCAUGAUAUUGUUGCUGGAAGUAAACAUAUUCUUUUC